AUGUGUAAAGCUAAGUGUGAAGGUGGUAUGGGGUUUAAAGACCUGCAAAGCUUUAACAAGGCUCUACUGGCCAAGCAAGGCUGGAAUCUGUUGAAGAACCCUGAUUCUUUGUUGGCCAGAAUAUGGAAACAAAGGUAUUUCAAAGAUGGGAAUUUUUUAAAUGCAGGUUGUCCAAGAAUGGCUUCUUAUACUUGGAAGAGUUUGAUGUGGGCUAGAGAGGUGCUAGUAGAAGGCCUGAGGUGGAGAGUGGGCUCAGGAAGAGACAUUCUCAUUUACAGAGAUAAAUGGCUUCCCAGGGAGUCAACUUUCAGGGUUUUUAGCCCUCCUGUGUUGGGUUUGAAUGCCAGAGUUUCUGAUCUUAUGGCAGGAGAUGGGAUUUAG